CGCCGUUCAGAGCGACAGUUCGCUUUCGAGUUCGCUAAAACACAACGCAGAAAGGCAUUAGCUCCACUGAAAAAUCUGAUUAAAGCUGUCAGCAGAAGGUACUGGAAAGCAUUCGAGAAGUCGAAAAUAAUCCCAAUCAAGCCCAUCAAAUUGAAGCAGGCGACGCCUUCUGCGCCAGUGUGUGUAAAGGCAGCUAGAUUUUCAAUUUCAACGCCGAGAAGGGCCCUAUUUAACAUUGUAGCCCAACUCGAGUCGCCUCAUUCUCAUUUGUGCAUUUCAAGCAAAUCAAACUAAAAGUGACAAACAAAUUUUGGUUCUGUGAUUUUGUGUAAAGACUUCCUUCGACGAUCAAAGAUGGUGAAAUUAAUCGCUAGCCUGCUCCUGUUGGCCGUGGUGGCCCAGGCCUAUGGAGACUUCAAGUCCAAGCAAGAAAGCAAGAGUUUCGUGAGAGAGCUGCAGAAAGAGCGAAAAGCGCAGCAAGUUAAAGAAAAACAAAACUCAAACCAUGGAGGUCAAGACCAAGAGUGCAAAGGCUCCCUGGCUGUUCCUGAGAUUACCAGGGACUGGGUGGACAUGAAGGAUGCCUGCAUAAAGGGCAUGCGCCACCAGAUCCAGGAGGAGAUCAACGCCUCCUACCAGUACCUGGCCAUGGGUGCCUACUUCUCCCGUGACACCGUCAACCGCCCUGGAUUCGCCGAGCACUUCUUCAAGGCCGCCAAGGAGGAGCGUGAGCACGGAUCCAAGCUGGUUGAGUACCUGUCCAUGCGCGGUCAGCUGACCGAGGGCGUUAGCGAUUUGAUUAAUGUGCCGACUGUGGCCAAGCAGGAGUGGACCGAUGGCGCUUCCGCCCUGUCCGACGCGCUCGAUCUGGAGAUCAAGGUGACCAAGUCCAUCCGCAAGCUGAUCCAGACCUGCGAGAGCAAGCCAUACAACCACUACCACCUGGUGGACUACCUGACCGGUGUCUAUCUGGAGGAGCAGCUCCACGGACAGCGAGAGCUCGCCGGCAAGCUGACCACUCUAAAGAAGAUGAUGGACUCCAACGGCGAACUGGGCGAGUUCCUGUUCGACAAGACCUUGUAAGGAGGUGGAGAUAGAGAGAAGGCGCAGCGCCCAGUCACGCAUCAAAAUUAUCAGCCAGUCGAGUUAUCUGUUAUCUGUUAGACCAGAGAGCCUUCCCGAGGGUCCGCUAUUAAAUCAUCACCAGCCCAGUCGGCGACUGGCCAAUAAAUUAUCCGUUCGACUGCGAUCCUCAAACCAGCACAGCAAAA